GCAGAAAUCGGGUGCGUGGACCUGCGUAUUAGGAUCAUCAAAUUCAAUUAGUCUGUCAGUUAAAGUACAUAUUGCGCCAAACUUGAUCAACAUACCCUUCGCACAAUCUCAACCUCCACCACACCGAACAUCUUGACAAGUACAAACAACCAUUUCCAUUGAAUCCCACAACGCCCUUCAAAACACAAAAUGGCUUCCAAAUUCCUACGCCUCGCCCGUCCUGCAACCCACAUCUCUGCCCGCCCGUUCUCAUCUUGCUCCCGCCUCUCCAUCCUCGUAACCUCAGACCUCCUCUCGCAAAUCACCGCUGCAGAGAAGAGAAUUACCAAACAAGACGAGCCCGUCAAGAACGGCCCAACAGCCCGCGCCCAAUCCCACGUCGGCAGUGAACUGACCCGUCAAGUCGUCCACGACAUCACCGAGGGCGAGAAAAGCAUCACGGGCCGUGAUGGACCGAUGCAAGGUGGCCCAACGAGCAUCGUCCAGGCCAUCCUGACAAGGGCUUCUCCCCAGGCUGGCUCGCGGGGCCAGAAUACCACUUCGGCUUCGACUUCAAAUUCGAGUUCGACGUCCGCGUCGGGUGCCAACGAGCAACACACCGGCAAGCUCGACUCCGAGACGAUAUCCAAGAUCACCGAUGCAGAGAAGAAGCUCACGGGCGAGGAUGGCGCGGUGAGCGGCGGGCCGACGGCGAAGGCGCAGCAGCAUGCUAAUGAGCCAAUUACGAGUGAGGCGUUGAGCGAUAUCACGGCGGGCGAGAAGUCGAUCACGGGUGGGGAGAGGGUUAAAGGAGGACCAACGAGUGUGGCACAGAGUGAGUUGGGAAAGAGCCGGUCGUAGGAAGGAUCGAGUGGAUUCGUGUACGAUAGGCUGGAUUGUUGCGUGCUUGUGAAAAAAAAGUGUAGUUGUAUUUGUAUGCCGGGCUCAGAAUGGCCACACAUCGAACUCGGACAGUAUUGAUAUGCUGGAUUCAGUCAACCUUCCAGCAGGUGUUGGACUUGUCCCAAUUCAACUAUCUCCCAAAUGUGAUUGUGGAAACGGAUAAGUGAGCAGUAGCAGCAGCGGACAGA